AUGGCAAUGAGGCAGUGUACUCCUACAUCUUCUAUUGAGACAAAAAUGAUGGAAAAUGAACAGCAACAGGGAAAAUCUCACCAAUCAAGCUAUCAUCUACCGCCGACCAUGGGCUCAGCAAAUUCCGUAGAGCCUCGAGAGGGCGAGGUCGGUGGUGGUCGGCUUCGGGAGGACAUGAAACUAUACCGCAUGAUUGACAUGCAUGGAGGAGGCGAGAUGAUGACUAUGAUGAGAUAUGCGAAAGCCACAAAUGACUUCUCCUUCGUGGACCACUAUAUCAAGACAAGGGUCUCCGAUUUUCUUCUCAACAAUGAAAAAGGCAAAUUAUUCGCUAUUACAGAGCUAGUAUCACUACGAAACAAGGAAAGAAAUGCUAAACUAGGUGCAUUUCUCAGAAAGAAAGGAAAAGGAAAAGCUGCCGUGAACGUAUUGGAGGGAUUCGAUCAGAACGGUGCGAAAACUGGAGAUCUCAAGAAAGCUCUCAAACUGCUUGACGGUGGAGGGAAAGGAGGGAAAUCCGAAUUGAAAUAUCGCGAACUCAAUUGGAAGUUGGAUGAGAGGGGAUCCAUGGGAGAGACCAUCAUUGGUGUAUGUCUCUUACAAGGUACUACGAUCCACAAUAUACUAGCCCUACGUAUACUAGAUUUCUAUCCUAAAUUGGUGAAUGACAUCUGCACUUCAGAAGACUACUACGGUUUGUCUCCUCUUCACCAAGCAAUUAUCAACCAUGACGUGGAAAUGGCCAGCAAAUUGUUGCGACGUGGAGCCGACGUCAACCAACGAUGCUAUGGUGCGUUCUUCUGCGCAGAUGACCAGAAAAGCAGUAGAACGGACAGUUUGGAGCACGAAUAUGUGGAUCUCACGGAAAACACAAACUACACUGGAACAAUGUACUUUGGCGAAUAUCCCCUCUCCUUCGCUGUCUGCAUGAAUCAGCCGGAUUUGUUUCGACUUUUAAUAGCCAGAAAAGCGAAUCUAAACGCACAAGACACAAAUGGGAAUACUGUGCUGCAUCUUUGCGUUAUCCAUGAGAAAAUAGAAAUGAUGAAAUUAGCUCUGGAGGCGGGUGCCCGUCUUAAUAUCGCCAAUAAGCAGAAUCUAACACCUCUCACUCUAGCGGCCAAGUUGGCGAAGAAGAAGCUUUUCAAUCUUAUUCUCGAAUUGGAAGGUCAAAGUGUGUGGGUUUAUGGAGAAGCUAGUUGUUCCUCCUAUCCACUAACGAAAAUCGACACCAUCAAUGAAGUGACUGGAGAAAUGAACGAGGAGUCAGCACUAUCUCUUGUAGUCUAUGGAGAAGCGGCCCUCGAAGAUCUGAUGAUGCAAGCCAAGAAAAUUAAGUAUGACGUCAUCGGACUGACCGAAAAGAGACGACGCCACCCUCUCAACGCCGUUUAUGAAACUGGAGAAGAAGUGUUCUUAGGAACAUGCAACCGUAGAGGGUGGAGUUGGCGUCUUCUUCAACACGAGUAUGGCAAAGAAUAUACUCUUUCGAACUUAUUACGACCCGAAUCGGACGUCUGCAGAUGA